AGUUUCUCCCCUGCCGUCGCUGUUGCCCAUUAUGAUAGAGGGGGAGUUCAGAUGUUCCGCGCAGCUGCCGCCAUUGUUAGCAUACAUCUUAGCAAAGUGUAACUGGGCAAGGAAGCUGAGGUGAGGUGUAAGAUAGAAGGGAUAUUACGCGAACGUUGCUUACCGGAGCAUACAAGAAAAAUGUUUUUGGUUUGGCUUGCUUACAAUGAACUGGAACGACACUUUCCCUGAGUUUUUUCCUGUUAGUAAGAUAGCAGCGAACUUGGCUAGUAGUUUGCCAUAUAUCUUUGUUGUGCAUUCGCUGGGGUUUUUGCACCAAUUUAAAUGGUUUGACUACCCAUUGUGAACGGUGACUUUAGCUGAGGACGUUAUGAUUAGACGGACGAGUGUUACGUGUUCGUAGUAGCAGCUAAGAGAUGCAAGUUUUCGUACAUAUUACGAUAAGAGGCUGGACACAUCCAAUAUCCCUUUGUUUCAUAACAUUGGUAUCCCCUUCUGAUACGGUGGGUGGACUUGCAAGUUAGCUAGUUUCGUUACUUAGCCAACCAUCCGGCUGGUUAGCCCCAGUUGAGGGAUUUGAGAAAAGUAACGUUAGCACUACAGCACUGUAGUACAGGUUGUAUUUUUAUUUGACACACCUCGCUUGCUGCUAUACUUUUUCUAACGGGCUUAUUUAUUUCUUUGAGUCUGAGUCAGUGUUGCCCAUUGUCUGCAAACAGAUAAAUAGGCCCCUCGUUUGCAGGUCAGUUUUAAACAGGUAAAGUCUUUCUGCUCAAUAAAUUCCCGCGAUUUAAAAAAAAAAAUCGUGCGCCUUGUGCGGUCAUUCUUUUACUUUGAUAGCUAGAUCUAACCUCACUCAGGCUGAAAGAAUCGACUGUCCCGACCCCUCUGUACUAGCUACACCCGCUGAAUGGCACGAAAUCUUCGAACCUUCAGUGUUUCUCGUUUGAACUUUAGUUACUAAGUGCUCAACUUUUGUAAACCUACCAACAAAUCGAUGGAAAACAACUUUAUGCAUUUUCUUAGCUCUAUUUGAAGUGCAGCUUGUAGGCUAUAGGGAGACAUCAUGGAAACCAACCCCUGCACGGUGGGAGAGCACCUGCAGAUGACUCUGGACUGCCACAAGACCACCAUCUGCCGGCAGACCGGGCUACGGCAGCUGGGUGAGCUUGGCGAGAGCGAUGCGCUCCUGCUCCAGCUGCGCACCGGUCUGAUGGGCCUGGUGGAGGGCGACACGGUGUGUCUGCAUCACGAGAAGGUCUUCGUAGAGCGUUACGAGCACACGCAGCGGACCUGCUGCGAUCCAUUCAACAACCACAAGAAGGCCAUCCGGAAGGGCCUGCGGCCCAUCGACCUGGACGAGGCCACCUUCCUAACCGAUCGCUUUGCCCUGCAAUUUGUGCCCGGCUGGAAGCUUUGCGCCCGGUGCGCUCAACUGCUCAACGGAUACGCCGAUGUGGACGUUGAUUUGCGUCAGAGGCGGCAGCGGGAUAGGGAAGGAAAGACAGCAAAAGCUUUGAAAUCACUAGAAUUUGCCAAUCCUGGCCGCCAAACGGAUUUUGCUUAUGAAAGUAACCGGAGAGACAAGAGGCGAGCGGCCAAGCUGUCCUCAAAUGACAGGCAAACCAUGGGCGGAAAGAGCAAAGUGUACGAUAGCCGAGGCCUGCUUAUCGCGAGCGGCCGGGACAUGUGCGACUGCCUGGACGUGGACUGCAUGGGCUGCUUCUUACCGUGUCCCGAGUGCGGCUCGCGCAAGUGCGGCGUGGAAUGCCGCUGCGACCGCAAGUGGCUGUAUGAGCAGGUGGAGGUGGAAGGGGGGGAGAUCAUUCGGAACAAGUAUGCUAGCUAAAGCUGACUCCCUACUCCCUGUCUUUCCACCACUGACCCUUCAAAAUUUCAUUUUAUACCUUGCAGUGCAUUAAGCAAUGUGGGCUCUCAAGUCAAUGACUGCUCCUUUUUUUUUUUUUUUUUGGUUCAAGAGCCUUCCUGUUCAACCAUGAACACUGUUGAGGUGGAGUUAUUUCAUUUUUUUAGUCUUGCAUUUGAAUUGUUCUUUUUAUUUAAAUAGUUCUGGAUUAAGAGUAGUUAAUAACCCAUUCUUCUUUAACGUCUGCUGAGUAACAGAGGGCUGUUCAGUGGCUGUACAUCAGGUGGUCCAGCUUCCCUUGUGAAUAUCAUGCUUCAGUUUCUUUGCUUUUAUUUAACUAGCAUUUUAUGUUAAUAAAAAUUAUAUUCCCGUUA